CCGGCAGCCGCGCGCUGCCAUGGCGGCAGCCGUUGGUGGGGAGGCCCCGGCUGCCGGCCCCGCGGCGGGCGGCGCGCUCUGGGCCGAGGUGUGGGCGCUGCUGCCCGGCAGCGAGGAGGAGCUCACCUUGGCGCUGAGCGGAGAGGUGGACGGCUGCGUGCGGCCGCUGCUGCGGCGGGCCCGCGGGCUGCUGUACGGCGCGGAGGGCCGGCCCGGCGGGGAGGCGGCGGCGGCGGCGCUGCGGCGCCUGGGCGACGUCCUGCGGGACUACUCGUGGGAGAAGCUGAACGCGGGCCCGUGGCGGGAGGUGAGCAAGGCCUGGCGGCAGGUCUACGCCUACGGCUGCCUCUUCGGGGCGCUGGCCGAGGUCGCCGCGGGCCGCCCGCUCGCGCCCGCCGUCCGCCUCUGCGACAUGGGGCUGCUCAUGGGCGCCUCCGUCCUGGACAACGUCCUCGCGCGCCUCGUCCGCGUCCUGCAGCAGCACCUGCCCCGGGAGCAGCGGCGCGGCGCGGCCGGGCUGGCCGCUGAGAGCGCCCGGACCGAGCCCCGCCCCGCCCCUGCCGUGCGGCCGGAGGACGCGGUCCCGCGGCUGCGGUGCCCUUCGCUGGAGCACUUCCGAGACAACUACCUCAUCCCGCAGAAGCCCGUGGUGCUGGAGGGGAUCAUGGACCACUGGCCGUGCAUGAGGAAGUGGAGUGUGGACUAUUUCUGUCAAGUCGCUGGGUGCCGCACAGUGCCUGUGGAAUUGGGCACCCGAUACACAGAUGAGGAUUGGUCUCAGAAGCUCAUGACUGUUGGUGACUUCAUCAGCCAGUAUAUUGUGAAUGAGAAGAGUGUGGGAUACCUUGCCCAGCACCAGCUCUUUGAUCAGAUCCCGGAACUGAAAGAAGAUAUCAGUAUCCCUGACUACUGCUGCCUGGGGGAAGGGGAGGAAGAGCACAUCACCAUCAACGCUUGGUUUGGUCCAGAAGGCACCAUCUCACCUCUCCAUCAGGAUCCCCAGCAAAAUUUUUUAGCCCAGGUAUUUGGAAGGAAGUAUAUUCGCCUGUAUUCACCACAAGAUUCAGAAAACCUGUACCCACAUGAAAGUCAAAUUCUUCACAACACCAGUCAGGUUGAUGUGGAAGACCCUGACUUAGUUAAGUUUCCCAAUUUCAGAAAGGCUGCGUUUCAGUCCUGUGUUCUGAUGCCUGGACAGGUUCUGUUUAUUCCAGUUAAAUAUUGGCACUAUGUACGAUCGCUUGAUGUCAGCUUCUCAGUCAGCUUCUGGUGGUCAUAGCUCUGAAGCAUGCAGAAAGUCUGUUAGCAUUGCAACAGGAAUUAAGAAUUCGUCUUGAGUACAAGAAUGUUCUUCCCUAUCCAGAAGUUAGAGGUCGAUUGAAAAACCCAACAAA